GUUGAAAUAUUCGGAUUAUCCAGUAAAAGUCACGUCAUGUUCCCCGAAGAAGCUAUCUCGAUACUCCUUUCUGCAUCCCCAGUGACCAUUUUUUUGUGACGCAAUCGUAGCACGCAUAAAUUUUCCGUGAGAGGAUGUCGAAGAAUGAAAUCUGUGGGUACGUGUCAUUGUUGUGCAGCGUCGUGGACAAGCCACUGGAUCUGUGGUCGAAACACGUUUCCUACGGUGGUAAAGUUCGUAGAGCGAGGGACGAGCUGUUGCACGGCGAUAGAGUAAUCGAGAUCACCGGGCCUCACGACAACACGAUCCCCACGAGCAUAACUAUUCCUGCCAAGGCAAUAGACAUCCUGAACAUAAAGCUCCCCAUUCUCGCGUUAGUCAUAAAGAAUUUGAACUUGCGGUUCAAGCUGGAGAUUCAAAUAAUAGACAAGGAACAAUAUCGGAGAAGAUUCUCCUUCAUGACCUACAAUGUGGAAAGAUUGCCGAGGAUCAGUGCAAAUGUGGCUCGUAUUCCACUGAGAUUGGAGGAAUGUUGGAAUUUCUUGGAGAUAAACCUUCAAACUCUCUGUCACGAAGCGUACGGAAUGGAUUAUCAGGCUCUGCAGCGAGUAACGAUUUAUCCGAAUUGUCAUUUGAGAAGAGUGUAUCUGCAAGAUCGUCAUUAUAACGACGAUGAGACGCCUGUUGAGAUGUGUCGAGCUUUCUUCGAUAGGUAUCUGUUGAAGCGGGGAAUCGGUUUCAUCGAAAAGGCUUGUCAGACGGAAGAAUGUUACACAGGACCUUUAGAGCAAUCUGAUUUGAAUUGUUUUGCCAAAAAUGAUUCUGUUGGCACGUCACCGACGAUAGUAGAAUUAUGCAAAAACGCACGUAGCACGGAGAAACUGAAAAGUUCGAGUCCACCUGACCUGAAUUUGUACAAUUUUAAUACAUUGAAAAGGAAUUACAUGUCAUUAGAUGCUUUAAAUGAUGCAAUAAAAAUACGUAACCGAGAUGUUUUUACAAGACAAAGUGAAUUCUUUACAAAAUCUUUGAUAAAUAAUCCAGUUGUAGAAGAGAAAUUAGAAAAAAGUAAUACUGACGUAACAGGGAAAGCAGAGCAACGAUGUGUCGUCAAAAUGCAUAAGGCAGGAAACUCCUUGCUAAAUAUAAAAAUUAAUAAUCAUACGUUGCAACCUGCAUCUUCUGUCGAAUUAAAAAGAAUUGCAAAGAGUCAAUUUUUAAAAACGCAUGUCAGUGAAAUAUUAUUCAAAGAUAAUAGAUUUUCAAAAAGUCCGCAGAAAAUUCAGAAUGUAGGAGACACAUACAUUAACUCGAGAAACUGCACAUUAAGUAACAACGAUAAUAAUGUACAGAUAGGAAAAGAUAAUAGUACAGAUGCAGAAUUUAGAGUUUCUGCGGUCAGUUCUCCGUCUGCUUUUAAACUUGAUCUAUCGGAGAGCAUUAAACUUAAUAAAAUAACCAGUAAUGCGACCGACACUCGAAGCAAUGAUAUUUCUAAGCACAAAUACAUUAGAGAAAGUGAAAAAAAUAUCGCCAAUCGUUUAAGAUCUCUGGUUAGUAUCGAAGAAAACGCUGAAGAUGUAACUGAAGAUAUGUUCAAACACAUUCAACCUGUAAUCGAGAAAGACACAAAACUGGACGAAAUAAAAUCGUGAAUCAUAUACUUAACGACGUUGUA